AUGGUUCAUGAGCCAGGUGCUCGCGUAAGUACAUCUGCGGGAAAUGGUACUGUGCGAUUUAUAGGCAAUACUGAAUUUGCGCCUGGCGUAUGGGUCGGUGUAGAAUUAGAUAGCCAAACGGGUAAGAAUGACGGUAGCGUUGCCGGGAAGUAUUACUUUGAAUCUAAAGCUGGAUUCGGACUAUUUGUGAGACCUACGCAAAUAAGGGAUGCACCUAAACGCUCAGUACCGUCUUCUACACCUUCAAGCAGGCAGUCUACUUCAUCGCUCAGACCUAGUAUAAGUAGUAGACCAUCGUCUAAUGCUUCUUCUAUUGCGUCUACCCCAGUCACUACGAGAACUUCGUCAGCGAAACCACCACCACCAAAAUCAGCGCCAAGGCGUUCUUCUAUAGCAUUACAAACACCUAAAGCAGUUAAUAAUACAACUGGUAACACCUUAAGUGUAAAUCGUAGACCGUCUAUAGUACAGACACAGCCACGACUAAAUUCACAAAGAACACCAUCUAUAUCAUCACGUACUAAGAUCGUGGAACGUCCACCGUCACAGAACGAUUCUCUUGAUUUCGACGAUAACGAUUCUCCAUUACUACCUACGAUACCAUUACCUCAAGAAUUCGCUGAUGAACUCAAACCGCAAGAUUCAAGUUCAAAGCCACGGCUAUCAAAUGGUUCAGCAAAUAUUAAAGGUUCAUUGAACUAUUCCAAUCAAUUCGAUCAAAAUCUCCCUGUUUCACCUUCACCUCCGAAGCGCACACUCGAUCAGACUGUAUCAAAAUGGGAGUUAGAAGAAUUCAAAGCUAAAUUAAAGAUAUCCGAACAACACAGGGAGGCUGAUCAGAGUAGAUUGAAAGAGCUAGAAUCGCAAAAGGAACAAGUCGAACAGUUCAAUAUCAUUAAGCCCAAGUUACAAUCAAAGAUAGCGGAAAUGCAGACUGAAAUACGUGAUCUUAGACAUCAUAAUAAGGAUCUUGUCGAACAAAAUGAACAAAGUAAACAGCAAAACCAGGAGAUUACAGAUCUUUUGGAGAUAGCCACGCUAGAUAAGGAAAUAGCUGAAGAAAAGGCAGACAAUGCUAUUAUCGAACUUGAAGCUAUUCAAGAGCGUGAAGUUGAUCUUGAAACUGAAGUUGAAAUGUUCAAAAAUAAACUCGAAGAGAUGCAUCAUAAUGGUACUACUGAUGUAAUGAAGGUAGAGAAUGGUCAGGAUGUUUCACUAGCUAGCCAACAGCUUACAAAACAAAACGAGAGACUCAAAUUGGCUUUGAUUAAACUCAGAGAUGUCACAAAUGAGAAUGAGACCCUUCAUAAAGAGAGAAUACGGGAACUUGAACGCGAAGUGAGAGAUUUGCAAGGAAUGCAAGAUGAGUUUGAUAAUAUGCACAGGAAAUUACAGGAUUCUGAGGUAUACGUAGAUGAAUUGAAGCAACACCUUGAUGAUAGCUUGGCUUCAGCAGACUUGGUUGAGCAUUUGACUGAAAACAACCUCACUCUUACGGAACAAGUUGAGACGAUGAAAGGUACAAUUGAGGACCUUGAAGCCUUGAAGGAACUCAGCGAUGAACUCGAAGAAAGCCACAAUGAUACUGAAAAGCAAAUGCAAGAGAUGUUAGAUUACAAGGAAUUGCAGCUUCUAGCUAGUUUGAAGCGCAUUGGUGGACUCAUCGAAGCAACAACUGACUAUGAGAAUACAAUAUUACAAUUCCGCGAACAUAUGCAUCUUCUUCAAAGUGACCUUGAACAAAUGCGUCAAACUCAACUCGAACAAGCCACAGAGUCGGAGGCAUUAACGACCCGCGAACAAGCAAUGUUAUCUCUCAAUCAGAAACUGCAAACAACAGCUCAUAAAUCUCAAGCUAAGGCUAUAGAUUUGGAUCUAAGAAAGUUGGAUGCCGCUCAAGCAAGUGAACAUUUAAGAAUCGUACAGAAUUACCUUCCAAUCACUUUCUUCGAGUCAGGUGAUGCGGAUUCUGUUAAUGGUUUAUUAUUCUUCCAAAGAUGUGCAUUUAAGAGUGAUAUUCUCAAUCAAGUAGUUGCUCAAAUGCACGGUUUGCCCAAUAGUCUAUACGAUUCAGUCCCUGAAAUACUAGUAGGAGUUUGUGAACUUAGAUCAAAAAUAACCCAUUUCGCUGCUAUCAAUAGAAGAUUCGCUGCAAUGGUCAAGAGAUGCCCUGUCGAUAUGUACUUACGGAUGGGUAAAAUAGCCAAUGAAGUUAAGGGUACAGAGAAGAGAAUUGAUCAUUGGAUUGAGUUAUUGCGAAGGGAAGAAUUCAGAGAAUUUGAAUGCACAAAAGAUAUUAUCAUGUUACUCGGUCAAUUCGAGCAUCUCGUCGAUUUAUACCUGAAUGAUACUCAAUUAGAUCUCGAUGAAAAAGAGCUGGACUCUGUACUUGCUAUUGAUUGUGACUUGGAUAUCACUGCUGCUGCUAUUGGUUUAUCAAAGCAAAUGAUUAUUGGUAUUGAUACCAAUGAUAGCCUUGAUAAAGAGAUUGGACAAAACGAAUUUGCAAGAGAUUUCUUUGAACCUCUACAGAAGGUUUUAAAUACCAUUAAAUCUAUUAAGUUUGCAUCCAGGAAAUUCGUCGCCCGCAUUGAGACCUGUAUCAGGGAUUCGUCAGCCAUAGAUCCACAAGUCAGCACACAGCUAUCAGUUUUAUCGAAUCAAACAGCUAAAUUGAAUAAUUUCGCAGUGUCUUUCGCACAAGAUUUGAACAUAUACAUCAACAGUAUAAGAGAAACAAAUGAUGCUUUCGAGUUCACAAAGAUAAUUGAAUUUGUCAACAACGCGGCGCAAGCACUAAACAUUAAAGAUGUAACAUCUGCUGAUGGAUGGAACAGAGUCGAUGAUUUCGUCGAUGCAUUUGCAGAAACUUUUAAUAAUGUUUUACAAACAUCCUUAGAACCAGACUCUAUCGUUAAGCUUAUUAGUGAGGAACCUUGGUUGGUCAGAAUAGAAGAGUUCAAAUCAGUUACAAAUCAUAAUAUUGAAGCUGAACGUGCUGUAAGCAAACUAACAAAUGAUGUUAAAGAGUUAGUAAGGGAGAUAAGAAACAAAGAUCAAACGUUACAAGAAUCUUCUGUAAAGAUUGAGGUCAUGUCUAAGAAAUUAGACACUGUCAGAAAGCAGACUGAGAUCUUAGAAAGUAUGGAAGGUGAAGUAUCAAGAUUGAAAAAGCAAGAGAAGACAUUGAAUGAUGCCCUUGACGUCUUACAAAAUGAUUUGAAUAACGUGGAACAAGAGAAUGAUACCUUGAAGCAAUCUGCCACCAAGAUAGAUCAAACGCAAGGUCUGAAUACACCAAUGAGCACUGCUGCAAUCGAAGGAUUGGUUGGUAAUGAAGGCAGUCUGGAUAAAUCAGUACUUAUUGAGAAAAUUGAUAGCUUAAUGUCAAUCGUCAAGUAUCUGAAAUCCGAGAAUUCCUACUUGAAAUCAAGAGAUAGAUUAUCAACUUUGAAGAGUUUGAAACCAUUGACUAUGCAUAGGCCACCAACGCCCACACUUCUUACUGACAGUGAGAAUGACAGUGAUAGUGACAGUGGGGAAGAAUCUUUGCCUGAAAAACCAAGCGUACAUGAAUUAAGCGUACAAGGACGUUCAAUCACUUAUAAACUUGUCGAUCAUCUCGCUAGUAAGAAAGUCGUUGAUUUGAGUCGACUCAAACAAGGACAAGUAUGGCAAAGAUCAGAUUGUAAACCUGAACAGCAACUUUAUAAAUCACAGAAUGAGUCAAGAAAGUUAAUAAAGAAAGCAGAGGCAUUCUUACAGGACUAUCAGUCAUAUAGACAUCACUAA